AUUUGAUAAAGCUGUGUACAGGCUAGUUUUCUUUCUCUCCAAAAAUUUCUAAAUUUCGAUUUGUUUGAUAAGAGCUGUUACUCCAUCGCAGGACACUAGGGUUUCGGGUCUGCUCCGAUGGAUACGGAUCAAGAGAUGAGUCAAAAUCCGCCUGGAUUUGAUGGUGAACAAGUCCCAGUCAGUAACCACAACUUUUGGGAGAACACAUUGUUUGAUGGUGAUGAUCAUGUGAAGAGAAGCUCCUUUACUCCUGGUGAAACGGAUCUGAACCAACUCCCAGCGAUUCCACCGGUUUCUAGUGGUCAAGGUUUGCCUUUUGCGCCUGUUGAUUUCCCCAGCCCCGGCGAUGUCUGGACGUGGAGAGUUGGGAGGAGAGUGAGUGCUACUGGGUUUCAUAAGGAUAGGUUCCUCAUCCUCCCUGAGAGGCUUAAGAUGAAGAAUGCACCAAAGUCAUUUGCCAGCAAAAACACUCUUUCUCGUUAUCUCGAGACGAAUUUCCCUGAGAUGGAUGUUAAUGCCUUCUUUGCAUCUUUUAGCUGGAACAUCCCUGCUUUGUUUCAGCCCUCCGCCGAUAGAGUUGAUGCUGCAUCUCUCUUUGAAGAGACUAACAAAGAAGGUGAGAAUGUUGAGGAUGGGAAGAAUGAAGGUUCAACUUCGCGUUACAGCCAGAGGAAGAGAAAACAGGUGCAGACACAGACUUAUGAGCCUCUUCAAGUUAAACCUAAAGCUAUCGGCAGGAAAGCAACCAAACAGAAGCCAUCCUCUUCUUCUAGACGCUCCACAAGACAGAAACAAGGCGAUGUGGUUGACUUGGAAGCAGAAGAAGAAGAAGAGAAGGAAGCAGCUGCAACAAAACCCGGCAAUAGAAUGAAGAAACGCAGAGGUAGCGCUGCAGAGAAACAAGAAGAUGCUCCGAUUCCUCAUGUCUAUGUUUCUCCUAUGAACGGUGUCCUUGCGGUCUCUCACUCCCCUGUGGAGAUCAACCCGGAAGAGUUUGACAAUUAUCUUAACACACUGGAGAAUCUUCUUCAGCAGCAGCCUUCACAAGCAGGACAGGAGUCUUCUUCUUCUUCUUCUCUUCCUGUUACUGCAAGCUCUCCAGUGAAAGAAUAUGAAUGGGCAGAAGCUCGGAUGAAGCUUUCAUCGCUUCUCGACAAAGACUUCUCUUCCUUGCUCAUGUCUAAUGAAGCUGCGGAGCUAGCAGCCUUGGCAACAAAACUUAAGAAAGAUCCAAGCCUCUCAGCUGAAGAGAUUGUGAGGUUGAAGCUUAUCGAAGAGAUUCCAACUUUCAGCCAAGUGUUUCAGGAGAACAAGAACGUGAUAGUGGAAGCUGAUAGAUUCUUCUCUGCUCUCGAGCUUAACAAAGCCAAAGUCGCUUCUCUCAAGUACGAGUACAGCGAUUUAAAAGACAAGCUAGGCAAUAUCCAGACGGAAGUUGAUGCAAACUCUGAGACAAUCCGUCAGAUUGACGACCAAAUCGCUCAGCUACAAGCUAGACGCACUGAGCUGACCCGUUGUAUCAGUAAAAAGGAGAAAGAGAAAGUUGAUCUGAGCUAUGGGCAGAAGAUGGUGGCUAACUCGAUUCCAAAAGUGGUGCAGGAAGUUCAAGCAGCUAACUCCAAGAAACCAGAAUGGGAGAUGAAGAAAGAAAAUGCUGUUAAACGCGAAGAAGAGAUCCUCAAUAAGUUCGCCUCUCUCAAAGCCCUCCACAUCAGUACAUAGCAUGGGGCUUUUGUUGACACCUGUCCAAAAAGCUUAGCCAAUCAAAACCUUUGGCAACAAACAGGUCAUUCAGUAUUGAGAUGCGUUUUCUCCUACGCUUCGUUUUCUCUAAUCAAAACUGUAGUCUAUCAUCUCGCUUCAUAUCCUUGUCGAUGGCUCAGCCUUUCCUGUCACCUCUUUCCAAACUCCCCUUUCGCUUUGAUUUUCUUCAGGCCCUAACCAGCAAUCGAGCAAUAUAUCAGGUUUCCUUUCUAAAUCUAAUACCCACCGCUCUACACUUCAUUCCGUCGAAACACUUUCCAGGGUUUCUGUUUUGUUGUGUGAUCAUGAGACUCAAGAGAUUGAAGGAGCGACCUUAUAUGAUUCUAUGUCUACGAUGAGGAUGAGUUUGAUGACCCCAAAACAAAUAUGAAACAAACGAUGAUAUUUAUUGAUUACCGCCCAAGCUUCACUCUUUGUUUUGUUUUGUGUUUUUUUCCUUUGUUACACUCAUGCUGAUUACUUCCUAAUUAAUUGAGUUCUCUGUGGUUUAUUAUUUUUUAUGUGUGGAAAGGAUCUCACUUUGAGUAAUAGCUCCAGCAAAAGAAGCUGGAAAAGAAAGUUAAGCUUCUCAAGAAUCACUCACAUCCAAAUAUAGUUGUAUUUACGCACAUUGAGAGAAUGAAACUUUGAACAUCUUCUUCCAUAUCAUACUAUAUUCCAGAGCGUCGAAAACCAUGGCGAAUCCUCAAGUUCUUUUGUAUGAGUUGAACGUUGAUUGGCGCAAGGAAAUUGCAGAGGCCAAACGUCGGUGUCAGUGUUUUGGAUAGAUUUGCCAACCUCCUUUAUAUAUGGUUCCUUUACUUGUAUGAUUAACGAUUGUUAGUUAACUUUUUAGACACAGCAACAUCCUUUAUAACGUAUGUGUUUUUAACAACUUAGCCACUACCGACCACCACUUCCAGACUUUGGAGGUCAUGGAAGGGAUAACCAGCCUGGUGAUGACAUGCUUGGAGCUGGAGCGGUUAAAACCAAUCCUACUGAUAGGUUUAACAGUGCAUCGCCUGAGAAAAUACCUGAUGGUGAUAACGCUGGAAUGCUUUAAGAAAGUGCUGUCGGCCCUGCUCUUCCAACUGUUCUGUCUCGAUAAAUCAACAGAUAAGAAAUUAAGAAUGAACCACUAAUGGAGGAGAAGGUUGAAGGGAAGAAGCCACACGUGACUUAACUUCACAGGCUUAGGAGAGCCAAAGGUCAGAAUGGACAACCUCUACUCUUUCGCAUUUCUGUUUUUAAAUGUUUCCACUUUGACUUUGUCUACUGUUUCCUGAAAUUAAACCAGCUGCUGGUUGUGUUUUAACUUUUAGUUGUAGUUGUUACAAGGGAAAGGUAUUCGUUAUAUGUUCAUAAAUAAAAGUUCCUUUAAAUCCUCUA